UGUGCACUUGUGCAGUCUGCAGCAGUAGUAUAUGAUCUGAUCUGUGUAUGACUGUAAGUGGGACGGGUAUAUGCAAUCGACCAUGUACCCAAGUGUAGUAUUGUAGUCUGUUGUGCGUGGAGUCCGUGAACGGAGCUCUUCGCGGUACGCGUCUUCUUGUCUGCCGUCAGUCUGACCUGAAGGACCCUGGAAUGUAAAAGAGCCGCAUUGGUGCAGGUUAAGAACUCUACGGUUCUCAGGAAUCGCGAGAAACCGGCGAACCAAGAGAGAGAGAGAGAGAAAGAUUGCCGAGUGGAGUGCGUCCCCAUCUUCAACGGUUGUCCUCACCCAGAGGAGUGCGAGUUCUGGAAUUCCUACGCGUAUUUAAUGUAAUCCUGGUAUCGUUUUUGAGAAGAAUGAGCGGAGUAACUUCGGCCUACGUUAUACUAAUAAGGUACCUGUACUCCUGUACCAAGCAACAUGCGCGCGCCAGAGCCUUGCUGAUGUCUCGCUGAGUCGAGCAAAUUGAUAGCACGGCACUCACGAUAGCCACGAUAGCUGCAGUGAUAGCCCAACACAACCACUUAUACGGCACUUACCCAGUUACCCACUACUACUCCACACACACAUACAUAUGCCUAUAUGUAUAUAUAUUAGCAAUCAGCAUUCUAUCUCGGAACUCGGAACACACACAAAAAUGGCGGUGUCGCUGCGCUGCCGCCGCCAGCGCGCCGACUCCGCUUCUGCUGCUGUUGCGAUUGCUGCCGACGUCGCCGUCACCACAAAGUGAGUGCUUCGGUUUUUGAACAACUCGAGUACAUUAGGCUAUUUUUCGGUACUCAUAUCAGUGGUCGUAGUCGCCGGAGUGCAUUUUAGUGCGUGAGUGUGUGCGUGUGAGCUACUCCUGUUGGUGCAUUUUAGCAAGAGAACGCCGCUUCCGUAGUGAGAAAACGAAAGAGAGGGAGAAAAAGUGUUCAGAGGGUUGCUGCUGCCGGCAAUAACGCGCUGUGAAAGGGUAGUGAGGGACGCGCAGACGAGGAUGAGUUUCGGUGAUCGAGCAACGACGCCGGGAGCACGUGCUGCUGCCGCAUUGGACAAGAGUAAUCCGGGCAAAGAGGCAGCGCGCGAAUACCUCCACCAGCCUCGGUUCCUUCACUGCCAUCAGACUCAAUAGUACGCUUAAAUUGGUCAACCUAGCUUACUAGUAAGAGGGUUUGAAAACUAAUGCUUACUCUAGUUUGUCCUGUAAACUUUGAAAGACUGCUGAUAAUCAAAAAGCACUGCGAUGUCAAAAAGUAAUAUUUUAAUGGAAGUCAAUUUAAUAGGCUGUGUUGAGAGUAUUUAGACUUUCAACCGAAACCAAAUAUAAGAAGAAAAGCUUAGUUAUAUUUUGUACUGUGUACAUGUGAAAAAAAAUCCAAAAGGCUCAUUUUCCUUAAUGCCGAUGCCGGCCGAAUACCACGAAAACGCCAACUUUGCUCUGGGGGCCUAUCAGGACACCAGCAACAUGACGGCCAAUAUGUAUAGGGUAGGAGACUAUGUCUAUUUUGAGACAUCCUCGUCGUCUCCGUACCAAAUACGAAGGAUAGAGGAACUAAACAAGACGGCCAGCGGAAACGUCGAAGCAAAAGUCAUGUGCUUCUUCAGGCGGAGGGACUUGCCAGCGCCUCUCAUCGUCCUUGCCGAUAAGCACCAAUUGGCAAGCGCGGCGGAACUGCAGCAGAGGUCGGAGUCACCCGGCUACCCGUCCCACCCGAGCCCAGAAAACUGCGGUGCCAAGGACAUGAGCGCAUCAGCAGCAGCAGCACCGUCGGCAACACUAGUCGGCAACCUAGCCCCCAGAUUCGCCCUUAACAAGGCCGCCAGCAGCGGCAAGGGACCCUGGCUCAAGGCCACCCUAGCUCAGGCCCACGAGCCCUACGGGAUGGAGGAUGGCACGAGCGUGCUAAGCGGUGGGGGCAUGGCCAUAAGCGGCGGCGGUGGAGGAGGAGGAGGAUGCACGGGGGCCGUUGGUGGCGGGAACGGUAGCGGCCCGAUUCCAAACCUCGGGCCCGGGAUCGGUGGCGUAUCCGAGCUGACGACGAAGCAACGCCACCAGAUGAAGCACCGUGAGCUCUUUCUGUCCCGGCAAGUCGAGACCAUGCCCGCCACCCACAUCAGAGGCAAGUGCUGCGUCACCCUACUCAACGAGACAGAAUCGUUGCUCAGCUAUCUCAACAAGGACGACUCGUUCUUUUACUGUCUCGUCUUCGACCCCACCCAGCGAACUCUGCUCGCUGAUAAAGGCGAAAUACGAGUGGGCACCAAGUACCAAGCGGACAACAUAGCGCCCGUGCCCCUGACGCCUGCGGAGCGCGACAGCGAUCCUCGGCGACUCGAGGAGCUCGAGCAGCUCGUCUGGAAGCCCCAGCACAAGCUCACGGAUCGGCAGAUCGACCAGUUCCUCGUCAUCAGUCGCUCGGUCGGCACCUUCGCCCGGGCCCUCGACUGCUCGUCCUCGGUUAAGCAGCCCUCGCUCCACAUGUCGGCUGCCGCGGCAUCCAGGGACGUCACUCUGUUUCACGCCAUGGACACUUUGCACAAGCACGACUACGACCUGGAAAAGGCAAUGUCCUCUCUGGUGCCCGGCUCCGGGCCAGUCCUCUGCAGGGACGAGAUGGAGGAGUGGAGCGCCUCCGAAGCGAAUCUCUUCGAAGAGGCCCUCGAAAAAUAUGGAAAAGACUUUUCGGACAUUCGUCAUGAUUUUUUGCCAUGGAAGUCCCUGAAGAACGUGAUCGAGUACUACUACAUGUGGAAGACGACCGACCGCUACGUGCAACAAAAACGUGUCAAAGCCGUUGAAGCUGAGAGCAAGCUCAAGCAGGUUUACAUACCAAACUAUAGUAAAAAUGCGGGCCCAGCGGGGCCGGGAGCAGCACCUGUGGGUCUCAUCGCCGGCCAGGCAAGCAUUAUCCCCCUCGGGACGCCCAACAACGCGAGCAACGGUGCCAAGGCCGGCGCGGCCGUUAGCAUACUCAACGGCAGCAGCAACGGCGCUGAGGCUGCUGCCAUGCUCAUGGCCUCGACGAUCGGCAAGCCCUGCGAAAGUUGCCAAACGAUGCAAAGUCCCCAGUGGUACCCUUGGGGCCCGCUCAACGCGCAGUGCCGGCUCUGCCAAAGUUGCUGGAAUUAUUGGAAAAAGUACGGUGGCUUGAAGGUGCCCUCGCGAAUCGACGAGGUCGACGCCGAUCGCAAGCGCAACAGCGCCGGCUCCGAUGAGGAGAGCAAAGGAGCUAGUGGGUCCCAUAAACCGUACCGCUGCAACGUUGCCUCCUGUGGCAAGGACUUUAAACUCAAGGCGCACCUGACUCGUCAUUACGUCGGCACUCAUGGGCUCGAAGUCCGAAGCAAUACCGGUCCAGCCGGUGCCGCAGCUGGAGUAGGAGUUGGCGUUGGUUUGGGUUCGCCAAGACCCGUGAUGAAGACGCGCUCAGCCUUUUACUUGCGUACUUCGACGAUAGCCAGAGCAGCUAGGCGAUUGUGCGCUGCCCAGCUGCGUACUCGACACGCGGCACGCGCUCCCCAUCAGCUGAUGAACGUCGCGCCACUUCGAAUGCUCAUCAACUCGCCUCAGUUGUCGUCCAAGUCACAAGCAGAGCUGCGCAUUUUGGCGCGGGCCUCACGCCCCAGGCCUCGGCCUCGCGUCACCGAUAUCGCCACUCGUCUCGGCAAUCUAUCCCAGCCCCGCCAGCCCGGUGAUUGGGACUGGCUCCUGCUCACCGCGCCAGCCAUGCGCAAACAACCGGAUCGCGUGUCCUUUCCCCGGCCACCCAAGGCUCCAGAUGGCAGUUUGUUGUACGAGCGAGUUCCCAACAAGUCGGAUGUCGAGAGACUUCCUGCAACUCCACCUGUCCAGCCUACGUUGCAGCCGCAACAAAAUCUAUUGAAGCGCACAAGGCCACUGUUUGACGAAGUUAACGGUGCUGAUGGUGUUGGACUAAAUGCGAUAGCUAGCGGCCAGCCGCCGUUAAAACGAGCCCAGCACGGAGCCCAGUCAGCUACUCUACAUGGGAACGCUCGCACUCCUGGUCUGGAUCACGUGGCUUCGGUGGCCAGUCCAGCGGUCGCCGCAGCGGCAGUCGCGGCCUCCGUGCUUCCGCCUCACGUCGCCCCUCUCAACGGGCGCGCAUCUCUGCCUCACGCGUUGUCCGCCCAGGGCCCCAUGUCCAGGAGCAACGCACGCAAACAACUGAUGUCGUGGAUGGACGCACCCGACGACGUGUACUUCCGCUCCACAGAGCACAUCAAGAGGAUGAGGAAAACUAUGCCAAGUCUAGACCUACGCAGAGCGGCGCGCAAACCUUGGCGCAGACUUAGCAUACCUCCACGAGUGGCAGCCGCAGCAGCGGCAGCGGCCGUGGCGCAACGAGCCGAGGACAUGGUCGUCAUUCUGGACUGAACGCGUUGACGCGCAACACUCAAGAUCUGGAAAUCUUUGCUGCGCGACAGUAUGUACACAAAUAGGCCAGAGAGGAGGAGGAGUACUAGCCAGCAUAUAGUAUAAACGUACUAUGUAAAACGAAAGCUAAAGAUAUCGAGUAGGUAUCCCAGACCAAGAUCCGCCCAUCGAUGUGGGAUCUGAAUUCUUAUCAUGUAUGACACGGUGAAGAUCAAACAGAGAAAGACUGCAACGGAAGAUUUAAAAAAAUGCAUCUUUUCGUGGGAAGAAAAAAGAAAAAGAGUGAGUGAGCGGGUGCCGAAUUGACGAAACUGAAGUGAAAAUUUCUUUUUUAACUACAAUGCAAGCAUUGGAAUUUUUCAAGACUAUAAGUGUUGAGCCCUAAAUUUUACGCAAAUGUGAGUGUGAGAAAUAAGUUGGAAAAAAGAAGAAAAAAAAAAAAA